AUGGAGCAUAAAACCCUUGCAGAUCUAUUAGAUUCAAACAAUAACGAGGAGGAGAUUAUUGAAAUCAAUGGUGAAGAGGAUGUCAAAGAUGGCGAACUAUCGUUGGGGGAAGUGUGUGUAGAUUGCGAGAGAAUGCCAAAGGAAUUGUACUGCAAGCAAUGCGAGGAGAACUUUUGUAGAGUUUGUUUCCAGUUUGCGCAUCGAGGUGGUAAGCGGAAAGUCCAUGGUUAUGAUGAGCUGCUUCCGCUUGACGAAGCAGAGUCUGGAGAGAAAGGUAGAUCAGAAGAAGAACAAGAAGAAAGUGAAGGAGGUAGUGAGGAAGAAGGGAACCACUUGGAAGAUGGUGCAAGGAAUAAAGGUUUGAGAGAAACUGAGAAGGGCUCAAUCACCGAGACGCAUUUGGUCAUUUUGAAGAAAAUAAAGAAGUUUACAAAGUUUAUCCCCUUGAGACUCACCUACGAAGAGAGACAGCUGCUUAAAUUGCUAGAAGCUGCAUUAUCAGUCUCCGAAUAUACGGAUAAGGUUGAUAUUAUCACAUAUACUUCUAAAACAAAGAGGAUCAUCACACAGUUGAAGGAAAUAUGCUCUAUUUUGGCAGGAUUGGUGGUCUCAUCAAAUAUGAAAGUUGGGCAAAAAUUGAUUGAAAACAAAAAUUUUGUUGAUAAUGCUGAAUGGUAUAAAUCUAUUUUUGAGAUUGGAAGAAGAUACAAGGUCAUGAAUCCCGAAAGAAUGAGGGAUACAUACGGUAAGUUGUGUUACAUAAUUAUGGAUUCAAGACUAAAACAAGUUAAGGAACAUAUGGAAUUCGAUCUCUAUAAGCCGAUUUUGACAAUCGAACGAUUUUUAGAUGAACACUCAAACGACCAUUCCAACAGUUUAUUUGAGGAUAUCUUGUUAUUAGAUGCAACAGCCGACAUUAGGCCGGAAAAUAAACCUAGGGCAACGAUUAACAGAUUAAUCAAACAAAAGGAAAAGGCAAUUGAAAUCUUAGCUGAUAGAUAUCAUCAUAAGGAAGGUCUGAAUAAAGAACAGAUUAGAAUGAUUAUUUAUUCUAUUGGAGAUUUCAACUCAUACACAAAUAAAAACAGAAUUCCAGUUAUUAAUAUGACCAAAAAGCUUGACUCUUUCUUUCUUGAUUCUGAGAAUGAUCCUAAAUAUUCCCUAGGUAUAAGGUAUGGUCAUAAAGGUUCUAGAUUAACGCAUAAUCAUGAAAAGCAGUAUCUUUAUGUCAAACAGGCAUUAGGGUUAUGGAACCAUGUGAUGAGAGAUUUGAUUGAAUUGUGGUAUAUAGCUGAUGAGGAUUUAUUUGAUGGUAAUAAUUAUAGAAUGGCAGAUACUGGUCAAGGUUUUCAGAGAAUCAAAUCGUGUCCUAAGUUGUACAAGAAAAUGUAUGCAUUGUUGCAUGAAUGUCAAUCCAAGUUUGAUUACUGGGUUGGAAUUCCAGUUAUUCAUUUAGGUGACGAUGCUGUUCCUAAUGCCUUGUUUUUCCUCGAUAAGUACAUCCAAAUUCCAUCAAUUCUAAUCCCUAUUGAUAAAUGUAUCGAAUCAAUUCCAAAUUUGGCAACGGAUAAGUAUAUCCAUAAUAUGAUUAACGAACAAUUCGGUGGUGUUGAAAAUUUACAAAAGGAUAUUCUUUGUGACUAUUUCAAACAUGGAUUUGAUGGCUCAGGUGCUGAUAAUUACUAUUUUGCAGGUUCUUGUGUUGAUGCAUCUUCAACCUCAAGUUGUGAAUUUUGUAAUAAUAUCUCCAAGAAACCAUACUAUAAGAUUUUCUUGUUGAGUGGAUUUACCAAUUUCAAUGGUGAAGGCUAUUGA